GGCGGACGUCUGGAACGGAACUCGUGCUGGCAAACAACUCUCUAUCGAAUAUCCCCUACCUCUUCGCUUGGUUCAAGCCAACAAACGAGAUGAAUUCAUGAGUAUGGCAGACUCUAAGACCGAGAAAGAAGCCGUAUUGAACUGUGUUCAUUUGAAAUCGGGUGACACUCCAAUUAUUGUUGCUGCGCGCCAUGGCCAUGGGGAUUUGAUGAACUUUUUAAUUCUUCGCGGUGUGGACAUUGAACAACGAAAUAAGGACUUGAAAAGAGCUUUGCAUGAAGCAGCUGCUAAUAGCCAUCUAGACUGUGUCAAGCUUCUUCUUUCGCAAAAUGCAGAGAUCGACUGUUUAAAGAGAGCGGACUGGACACCAUUAAUGAUGUCUUGCACAAAGAUGAAUAUUGGUGUCAUCAGAGAAUUAAUCCAAAGUGGAGCCAACAUGAGACUUACAAAUAAAGAUGGCUGGAACUGCUUUCAUAUUGCUGCCAGGGAAGGGAACACAGAAAUUUUGAAUUAUCUUCUUGAUUGUUGCUGUGAUAUUUGGGACAGUUGUAGCAAGAAUGGA